AUGAUGGCGGGGUGGGGGAGGGGUGCACACCCUUGGCUGUCAUCUGAUCCCCAGCAAAAUUUGGAUGUGAGAAACCCCCCCCUUCUCGUUUCAUGGCAAAACCCGAUCCUCUUCAGAGUAGCCGUUACCUCCCAGACACUGUUGAGGACUGACGAAACAGGGGUGGCCACGUGCUCCCUUAGCACCCGGGGGCCCCCCCUCUUCAAGGACAGUGCUGACCAUUCAGGCAUGGGGCUUAGGAGCGAGAAGAACCAAGCAGGGUCACCGCCCCCUCCUGAGUCCCAGGGACCCUGGUCUCCCUGUGCAGAGGGAGCUGGCUCCAGCCCAGGAGGAAAAGGGCUGGAAAAGUGUGUGUGGGGUGUGGGGAGUCACCCAAGAACAGACUUGGCUGGAGAUGAUCUCCAAAAGCCCUCUAUUGCAUUCACCUUCAGUUUUUGUGUUUUGGGACAAUUACUUUAG